AUGGAUCCCAAUGAAAUGCCUGCUGUGCCCUGCUGCCCCUCCGACUCCCCCACUGGGCUUGAGACCGGAGCCCCGUGGGGGAUUGAACUUGGCCCUAAAAGAGCUGUAAGUCGCUGUGCCCGCUGCUACAACCACGGCUUCACUGACCAAAUCAAGGACCAGGAGCACCUCUGCCUCUUCCAGGCCUGCGAUUGUCCCACGUGUGCCUUCUUCUCGGAACACCACAGUGUCUUGCUUGCUGAGAGUGCCUUGAAGAGGGAGCAGGGGGCACACCUGAAGAGGCACCUGGCUCAAGGACUGACAAGGAGUGAGGCCUCCCCUCCCAAAGCUCACAGCCAUGUCAAGAAGUUGACCAUUCAAGCAGGAGCCCUCACAGCCUUGAAGAUGCAACGAACAAUUUCUCUUUCCAGGAAGCCCCACAGGACUCCUGCCCUGCCCAGCAUAUGCUCAGCGCUGGUCCUCCAGCCCUGUGCCAUCCGUCCUUGGCCCUGUCCUCCUGCAGCCACAGAUCCUGGGGAAAGAGCAGGGUCCAGAACCCUGCCAGGGGCCAAGCUUAGUGACUGGGAAGAGCUGAAGUCCCCACUGGUGCCCACUCUGGGUGCGUGGGCUCCUGAAGCUUCUGACCAGGACUCGGUUUCUGCCUCAGAGUGGCAGCGGAAGCUGGAAGCGGCCGAGGCUCUGCUGAUUCUGAGAGACUCUCCCCAGGCGUCUUCUGGCUCCGUCUCCCUGCUGCAACCCUCCGCGGCGGCAGCUCCUGCUGGAGAUACAGGACCCCAGCCUCCUAGCCCCUCUCUGCGACCCAGGCCAGCCAGCUCCAUUUCUCUGCCUAUGGGACAUCUGGGGUGCAUCUCCCUUUGA